ACAAUAGGCCCAAAUAAAAUAGUUCAGAGCCCACAAUUAUCCAUAGGCCCAUUGACUCAAGUUAUAUAUAAACCUGGCAGCACCUCUAGGGUUUGCAUUUGCAAACUCGGAUUCUGAUCGUUGCAGCUACUAGCAGCAACAAUGGUGGAGAAGAUUAACAAGCCAAGGAAAGAGGAGGUCGUCUCCAGAGAGUAUACCAUCAAUCUGCACAAACGUCUCCACGGAUGUACCUUCAAGAAGAAGGCACCAAAUGCCAUCAAGGAAAUUAGGAAAUUCGCCCAAAAGGCCAUGGGAACAAAUGACGUAAGGGUUGAUGUCAAGUUGAAUAAACACAUAUGGAGCCGUGGAAUCCGGAGCGUGCCAAGAAGAAUCCGUGUUCGCAUUGCACGCAAGAGAAACGACGAUGAAGAUGCCAAAGAGGAGCUCUACUCUUUGGUCACUGUUGCAGAAAUUCCAGAAGGAGGAUUGAAGGGGUUGGGAACCCAAGUCAUUGAGGAAGAAGAAUGAAAAUUUUACUUUUACAAGUUUUAUUAACGUCAGUUUUUUUUGUUGUUACUUGUGAGCUUUUGUGUUUUGGAAAUUCAGAACAAAAGAUAUUAUUUAAAUAGUUUAUCUUGAGACAGUUCUCGUAUUUUUGUUCACUUCA